AUGUACAACUUCUACUCGAACAAGCUGCGCUUUGGCAACGCCCGCGCUGCUGUCCGCUUUGGCUUCGUUGCCGUCUUGCUCACCAUCGUCGUCUCGAGCUUGCUCCUCUUCCGCGCUCCGACAGGCACACUCCGCCGAUUAAGGACAUCGCUCCCCUUCGGGAAGCCCUCGAUCGCCCCGAGUAAAUACCCUCCUGCCUACUACGAAGAACUCCUCCAACAAAAUCCCACGAGCUUCAGGCCCCACCCUAUCGACCAUCUAAUCGAUGAUGCGCGGCGUGUACAGGACUCGUUGCUAGCGAGGCAGUCGCGCGACGUUGCCUCUGCGGCAGCUCGAUAUCGGGAGAAGCGAGGGCGGCAUCCACCACCAGGCUUCGACAAGUGGGUAGAAUAUGCGCUGAGCCACAACUCUGUACUUGUCGAGCACUUCUUCGAUCGCAUAUACCAAGACAUCGCUCCGUUCUGGGCGCGUGACCCCAAGGAGACCGCCCUCCGUGCCGCGACCUGGCAUCACGUCGUCCGGGUGCGCAACGGUAAAGCAGAGGGCGUCGGGAAUGUAGAAGGCCGCGUCCCGUGGUUGGCGCUAUGGACGGACCUGGUGAAAGAGGCGGCCAAAUGGCUCCCUGAUGUGGACAUGCCAAUCAACUACAUGGACGAGUCUAGGUUGCUUGUGCCUUGGGACGAGAUCAACCAGUACGCCACGGAGGAGCACCAGAAGAGAAGGAUUACGUCCUUGGAGCAGACCAUGACCAAGUCCAAGGGCUUGAAGGCGCUGGACAAGGAAAUAGGCGACAAGGCAGCGUACGACCCGGAAUGGAUCAAGUCCGACUCUCCGCGCUACUGGGACCUCGCAAGAGUAGCCUGCCCUGCAGGAUCACCUGGCCGAGACGUUCCUGCGAUGACGGAUUUCUCUGGCACGCCGGAAAUCCCUGCCGACUACAAGCCGAGUUAUGCCUACCAGGGCUACGUCAAAAACUUCACUGCGUCCACCGACCCAUGCAUCCAGCCGCAUCUGCGUGGCAUGCAUGGCACCUUCAUCGAGCCCAUCACCAUGUCCACGACCAAGGAGCUGAUCCCGCUGUUUGGUGGCUGCAAGCUUCCCAUGAACAACGAGAUUCUGAUCCCCGGCGCCAUGUAUAUCACCCAAGAUCCCUUCUAUUCGGGCGGCGAGACCCAUGGGCCGCCAUGGGAAGAGAAGGAGGUCGGUGUCGUGUGGCGAGGAGUCGGGUCGGGUGGGCGAAACAAAGCUGAGAACUGGCGGCGCUUUCAACGGCACCGUCUGAUCGAGAUGCUGAACGGGACCACCGUCACAAACAUCGAGAAGCACAACGGCCAGGCUCAGACGUUUGAGAUGGCACCGCUGGCCAAAUACGACUAUCCCCGCCGCCGCGAGGGGACCAUUGGCACAUGGCUGUCGAACCACACCGACACCGGCUUCAACGACCUCAAUUGCUUCCCUCGAGACUCGAACUGCACAUACCUCGCCCCGUACUUUUCCGAGAAGCCCAGCGUCCCAAUGGCGCAGCAGUACGUCCAGAAGUUCAUCCCGGACGCGGAUGGCAACUCGUUCAGCGCGCGGUUCCGUGGUUUGCUGCUGUCGACGAGCCUUCCGCUGAAGGCGACCAUUUACUCCGAGUGGCACGAUGACCGGUUAUUGCCAUGGCUGCACUUUGCGCCUCUCGACAACUCGUUUCAAGACUUGCACGCGGUGCUCAACUACUUCACCGCGGACGAACGUGGCGACGCGGCGGCAAGGUAUAUCGCCGAGAUGGGCAAGGCCUGGGGCGAGCGGGUCUUGCGCCGUGAAGACAUGCUGCUGUACACCUGGCGGGUGCUGCUCGAGUUCGCCAGGGUUUGCGACGAGGACCGAGACAGACUCGGCUAUAUUGAUGACUUGAAGAACACGACGGGUUGA